GUAGACUUGACUAGGUCCAAAGACUACUGGAAUAAGAACAAUCACCUACAACAUGGCCAUCUACCACAUCGUCCUCUUCCGCCUCAAGCCCGGCGUCACCAAGGUCCAGGUCGACCAAUGGUCGAGCAUAGCGAAAGGCAUGGUCGGCCAGAUCCCGGGUCUCCGAGAACUCCACGCCGGCAGCCCCCUCGCGGCCACCGCCGCCAGAACCAAGGGCUUCGACAUGGGAAUCGUGGCGACUCUGGAGAAGCCCGAGGAUGUACAAGCGUAUGCCGCGCAUCCUGCGCACCUGGAGGUGCAGAAACUGAGAGAGGAGCUGUGCGAUGAUGCGUUGGCCUACGACUUGGAGUUUUGA